UCUUUUUGCCCUUACACUUUGAAAGCUCGUUGGCUUACUAAAGAGAAGUCCGUCGAUGCUCCCACAGAGGUUAGUUUCUUCCUCUGGGUCUCUCUUUCUUUGUUUCUCAGAAGAAUCAGCGCGCACGAGAGAGAAGAGAACGCAGAAAGAGAAGUCCACUGGUUUAUAAUUCCAUUGAUGGGUGUUUUAUCAAAUCUAAGAGGACCAAGAACAGGAGCGACCAACGAAGGAUUGCCCCUAUCUGAUGUAUCUUCUUCUUCGUCUUCCCCGUCAGCUCCCAAGAGAAAAUGGUCCAAUCUGUUGCCUAUUCUGGUCGCGCUUGUGGUUAUAGCGGAGAUCGCCUUUCUGGGUCGCCUUGACAUGGCUAAAAAUGCGGCUCUCGUCGAGACUUUGACCGAUUUCUUUUACCCAUCUCCGAUUCCACUACCUGUCGAGCCUAAGGCUCCUAAGAAGGACAUGGCAGUAACGAGAAAAGAAGCUAUCGGUUUUGGAGCGGACAGUUGCGAGAAGUGGUUGGAGAGAGAGGAUGCUGUGAGUUAUUCGAGGGAUUUUAACAAGGAUCCUAUAUUUGUCACUGGUGGUGAUAAGGAGUGGCAAUCUUGUUCUGUGGGGUGUAAGUUUGGAUUUAACUCGGAUAGAAAACCUGAUGCUGCAUUUGGUACCCCUCAACAAGCUGGAAUAAGUAGUGUGCUUCGAUCAAUGGAAUCAGCUCAGUACUAUUCAGACAAUGAUUUAGAUAACGCAAGACGGAGGGGGUAUGAUGUUGUAAUGACAACUAGUCUCUCAUCAGAUGUUCCCGUUGGGUAUUUUUCCUGGGCUGAGUAUGAUAUCAUGGCGGCAGUACAGCCAAAGACAGAGAAAGCUCUUGCAGCGGCUUUCAUUUCUAAUUGUGGAGCACGCAACUUCCGCUUACAAGCUCUUGAGGCACUGGAAAGGGCAAACAUCAAGAUCGAUUCUUAUGGUGGUUGUCAUAGAAACCGUGAUGGAAGAGUUGACAAAGUAGAAGCUCUUAAGCACUAUAAGUUCAGUUUGGCUUUUGAGAACUCAAAUGAGGAGGAUUAUGUCACUGAAAAAUUCUUUCAGUCUCUUGUUGCCGGAAAUGUUCCUGUGGUUAUUGGUGCUCCAAAUAUUGAAGACUUUGCUCCAUCACCUGGUUCAAUUCUACAUAUUAAGGAGCUAGGAGAUGUUGAGUCAGUUGCAAAGAGAAUGAAGUACUUAGCCGAGAACCCUGAUGCCUUCAAUCAAUCAUUAAGAUGGAAAUAUGAGGGCCCUUCGGAUUCCUUCAAGGCUCUUGUGGAUAUGGCGGCAGUACACUCUUCUUGCCGUCUUUGCAUUCACUUAGCAACAAGGAUCCAAGAGAAAGAAGAGAAGAGCCUUAAAUUUACAAGCCGGCCUUGCAAGUGUACCAGAGCCGCGGAAACUGUCUAUCAUUUAUAUAUAAGAGAAAGAGGGAGGUUUGAGAUGGAGUCUAUCUUCUUGAGGGAUGGAAAUAUGACUCUGGAUGCCUUGGAGUCUGCAGUGCUCAGUAAGUUCAGGUCAAUGAAACAUGUGCCAGUUUGGAAGCAAGAAAGACCCAAAAGCAUAAGAGGAGGGGAUGAACUUCGAAUUUACCGGAUUUACCCUGUAGGGUUGACACAGAGGCAAGCAUUGUAUAAGUUCAGAUUUGAAGGGGAUGCCGAUCUCCGGAAACAUAUUGAAAAAAACCCUUGUGCAAAAUUCGAGGUCGUAUUCGUCUAGACGAGGUAUACAUCUUUUUAGACUCAGGACUUAGGAGAAUUACACGUUUCAUCACCUAUGCUGAGAUAGUUCGGAAAAAAUACAAAGGUCAUCUGUGGGGCCUAAUUUCUUUCUGAAUUCGUAUCGGAUGACUCUACGAGAAAAACUAACUACUCCUAAAGAGUACUCUAAUAGUUUCUUUUAGGAAAAUGUGAUUGAUGCAGCUAACGGUAGAUUUUUCGUGGACAAAAAUAUAUGAAACAUUUUUUUCUUCAUAAGAAUUUACACUCAGAAUCUGAUGUAAGAUUGUCUUAUACACUUCCUAGUUGAGAUUUUGUUCCUUAA